AUUUUUUUCUUUUCUUUUCUUUUGGUUGGUCAACCAAGGUGGCUGGAACUACACUUGGGCGGCUAUUAGAUGAUUACUGAUAAUUUGUUUUCACCAAAGAUCGAGAAAGAUGGGGAGAUUGAGAGGCUCACACGGCGAGCUUCGGAACUCCAUAAAUCAAAGAGGCAGUUGAUGGAGCUUUUGGAGCAAAAGGAUUUGGAAGUUACGAAGAAAAAUGUCACAAUUAAGAGUUAUCAUGAUAAGAUUGUAAGUUUGACUGAAAAUGUCGCUUCAAAAGACGCACGCGUGGGAAAACUGGAGGCUGAAUUGGGACGAUUGCAGGCAGGCUUCGUCCUCCCGCCUUUUGCAGGUGACCCAUUUGUGGUUUCAGUUAUGGGCUGUCAACUUCUAGUUUUCAUAUUUUGAAGUUAUUUCCAUGCUUUCUACUGUACGUUCUUUCCUGUUUCUCAAGACACAUGAGAGGCAAAAUAAGCGUGCUCAUCGAUUCUGUGCAUAAUACUUUUACUACAAUACUCUUAGGGUGCGUUUGGUUGGAUCUUAGUAUUCUGCGUGAUAGUAUAUUUUCUUGUAUCCAAUCCUUAUUCAUCUCAUUGUAGCGUUUAAGUCGUUUGUUUCAUUUUUAGAUUUGAAGGAUAUCCAUCACAAUAAUACAUUAUUUUGUUUGGUUGCAAUUGCAAACUACAAUAUUUUAUACAACCUUCCACAUUUGCCCC